UCACAGACGACGCACUAUUCCCAACCCUUCUCUGGUGCUUAUUCCUCACGCUCCCCAAACUGGCGCGUGGGAAAGCACUGUGCCAUUUAAACGCCCUGGGAGCCAAAAGGGGAACAAUGCAGAGAGAGCAGACCCCCACUGCUCACCGUUCACUUCUUUGGCGAGCUGGUGACGUAAUUCAAGAACGACUCGCCUGUAUAUCUAGAGAAUUGUUUCUGUCGUUCGUGUUCUUCCUUUAAAUUCGAUUUGAGAUUAAGCCUUUUGGGUUUUGAUUUCUCUUUUUUGCUAUGAAGUUUUAGAUGUGUAAAUUGAUAAUCUUUCUGGAGGCAAGCUACUGUAAACCAUUGAGGGUGAUUUCAGAAGGACAAUGGAAGCACGCCUUGCUUAUCUAGUCAGAGAUCUGGUGCAAAGCACUUGAGUGACCUUGGUUGUCUGCAGCUGUCUUCAUUUUUGGGAGUCCUGCCAACUUCUCUAGAAGAGACAUACCCAAAAUUAUUAGACUCUCAACAGGUUUCCAUGGAAAGGAGUCUUAUUAAAAAGCCUGUUGUCCAUGCAAGUCAAUCACCCUCCAAUAGUGGAGUAGUUGGCCACCUAUUCUCGUCAUCUGCUGGCUUCUCAUCAGACCUUCAGUACUCUUCUGUUUCACCCCAAGAGAAACAUUCUAGGAGCAUUCCUUUCAUUUCUCAAUCUUCAAGAAAUGUGACAGAUUUGACAUUGCCACAAUCUUCGUGUCCAGGAUUGCUUCAAUUCACAACAUCAAGUCAGUAUGCCAAAGAAACAAAUGCUUCAUGGUGUCCAGAGUCAUUGCCUGAUUUUCUUGAUUAUCCUGUAAAUAAUCCUGUCCAAAAUAAUCAAAUAGAAGGCAACAGUUGUGGUGCCAUUGUAUCCGAGGAAUUUAGUAAACGGAGUGAUUGGCAGGAAUGGGCAGACCAACUGAUUACUGAUGAUAAUGCUUUGACAUCUAAUUGGAGUGAGCUUCUAAUUGACACCAGUGUUGCAGAAAUGAAACCAAAGAUGGCAUACCAGGUGUCAAAAUCAUCAAGUGUUCCAUCGCACCUGCCUCAAGUCCAUCAACAGCUUCUUGCUCCAUCUGGAGAAAUUCAACCUGUUCUUACCCCUACUUCCUCAGCCAAUAGUGCCCCAUCCAAGCCACGCAUGCGUUGGACACCAGAGCUUCAUGAAGCCUUUGUGGAGGCUAUCAAUCAGCUUGGUGGUAGUGAAAGAGCUACUCCAAAAGGUGUUCUGAAGCUCAUGAAAGUUGAUGGCUUGACAAUCUAUCAUGUGAAGAGCCAUUUGCAGAAGUACAGGACAGCCAGAUACAGACCAGACUCAUCAGAAGGAUCCUCGGAGAAAAAAUUGACUCCUAUGGAUGAAAUAUCCCCUCUUGACUUGAAAACGGGCAUUGAGAUUACUGAAGCUCUGCGAUUACAGAUGGAAGUUCAGAAAAGGCUGCACGAACAGCUUGAGAUUCAACGAAAUCUACAGUUACGUAUAGAAGAACAAGGGAGGUACCUCCAGAUGAUGUUCGAGAAGCAGUGCAAGUCAGGUGCUGACAAGCUGAAGGUUUCAUUAUCUACUAUGGAGAAUCCGACUGCCCUAUCUACUGAUGCAAUCUGUGAAUCCCCUGCUGAAAAUGAAACAGAAGGCUCCCAGUCAGACCAUGGCAAGACAAACAUCGACGCAGUUGAUGCCAAGCCUCUAUUGGAAGAAGGAUCACAUGAUACAAGUGAGAAGCGAAAGACGCCUCAAGUUGAAGAUUCUGAAAAUCCAGAGCCGGAUAGUAGCAAACGUCUGAGAGCAGAUGCCUAAGCCAUCAGUAUUUUGAAUGACAAGGUGGCAGAUUCAGUGGAAGAUAUAUAAUCUUAAGUAGGAAUUGGAACCUAGAUGACUUUGAAAAGAGGUUUAGAACUUUUAGAUACUCUUGCUUUGCUUUUUUAUCAUAUCUAUCCUAGCAAUUUGCUCAUGCUCUUAUUUAACUGAUAACAAGGCUCAUAUAUAACAAAAGUUUUGAUGAAUGAAUUGACCUC